CUGACGAACGUAGUUCAGAUUCUUUCGUUCUCGAUAGUUGAUCUAUGCAGUUGUCUAAUUGCUAUUGUUGUUCUCGUUGUCGCGCAUUUUGUUUAUCAUCAUUACGUAGUUGUAUUCCAUUAAAUCCUCCCAUUAUUCUGUAACAACCGUGUCGGGCGUAAUAUCGAAUUUUAGUAAACAUUUAAACAAACACUACGUUUACAGUGUCGGUUGUUUUUAUUAAGAACGUUUUAUAGAGAAACUUGUAAAAUGGCCGGGGAGAAGAAACCUUUCUUGCGACUACCACUAUCAGUUAAACCCGUUGUAUACGAUUUAUAUUUGAAGCCAGAUUUGGAAAAGUUUACAUUUGAAGGCAAAGAAACUAUUUCCAUUAAUAUUUUGGAGCCAACUAAUUCAAUAACAUUACAUGCAUUGGAUUUGAAAAUCAAAGAAGUUGAAUUAAAAGAAUGUGAUGGAUCCAUUUUCAAACCUUCAGUUACACUAUCAGCUGAAGAUGAAACAGUUACUUUAGAAUUUGACAAAGAACUUAAAUUAGGAGAAGCAUUCUUAAAAUUUAUAUUUAUUGGUGAACUCAAUGAUAAAAUGAAAGGAUUUUACCGGAGUAAAUAUGUCAGAAUAUCUGAAACCGGUCAUCAGAUUGAAAAAUAUGCUGCAGUCACUAUGUCGUGUACCACACACGCACGUAAAAUGUUUCCAUGUUGGGAUGAACCUUCUCUAAAAGCUGUUUUUAAUAUAUCUGUUGGCAUAUGUAACAUGUCCCAUCAAGCCUUAUCUAAUAUGCCUGUAAUAUCUGAUACAAUUGAAGAAAAUGGUGACCGUUUACUUAAAUUUCAAAGAACUCCAAUCAUGUCUACAUAUUUAGUGGCUGUUGUUGUUGGAGAAUUUGAUUAUGUGGAAGACAAAGAUUCUGAUGGUGUUUUAGUUAGAGUGUACACACCAGUUGGAAAAAGUGACCAGGGAAAGUUUGCAUUGGAAGUUGCUAAAAAUGCAUUGCCUUACUACAAAGACUAUUUCCAAGUAGCUUAUCCAUUACCUAAAAUGGAUUUGAUAGCAAUUGCAGAUUUUUCUUCUGGUGCCAUGGAAAAUUGGGGUUUGGUAACAUAUAGAGAAUCAUGUCUCUUAGUUGAUCCAGCAAAUACUUCUGCAGUUCGCAAGCAAUGGAUAGCAUUAGUUGUAGGGCAUGAGUUAGCUCACCAGUGGUUUGGUAAUUUAGUUACUAUGGAGUGGUGGACUCAUCUUUGGUUAAAUGAAGGUUAUGCUUCAUUUGUGGAGUUUCUGUGUGUUGAACAUUUAUUCCCAGAGUAUGAUAUUUGGACACAAUUUGUUACUGACACACAUAUUAGAGCUCUUGAAUUAGAUGCAUUGAAUAGCAGUCAUCCAAUUGAGAUACCAGUUGGUCAUCCAUCUGAAAUUGAUGAAAUAUUUGAUGACAUAUCAUAUAACAAGGGUGCUUCAGUCAUCAGAAUGUUACAUAAUUUUAUUGGAGAUCACGAUUUUCGUAAAGGAAUGAAUCUGUAUUUGAAUAAACAUCAAUACAAUAACACUUUUACUGAAGAUUUAUGGUUAGCUUUAGAAGAAGCAAGUAAUAAACCUGUUAAAGCAGUCAUGUCUACUUGGACUUUACAAAAAGGAUUUCCUGUGAUCUCAGUAGAAAAAGAAACUUUAAAUACUGAUGGAUCAAGAACACUUAGUAUAUCUCAAACCAAAUUUACUGCCAAUGGUCAAGUUCAUGGUGAUGGACCUUUAUGGAUGGUUCCAUUAACAUUUUCUUCAUCAAGCUCUCCCAACAUUGUGUGUCAUAAAGAUAUUUUGUCUGAAAGUCAAAAAGAUAUUAUUAUUCCUUCCAGUGCGUUGUCAUCUAGUGAAUGGGUUAAAGUAAACCCAAGUACUGUUGGAUACUACAGAACACGUUAUACAUCCGAAUUGCUAGAAAAAUUUGUACCAUCAAUAUCAUCAAAAACAUUACCACCUUUGGACCGUCUUGGAUUACUUGAUGAUCUUUUUGCUCUAGUACAAGCUGGACUUUCCAGUACAGAUGAAGUACUACGUUUAAUGUUGGCCAUGACUGAUGAAGAUAAUUAUUCUGUAUGGACUUCAAUGAGUAAUGUUCUUGGUAAAUUAGCCAUAUUAUUGUCUAAUGUAGAAGGAGAAACAGAACUAUUAUUUAAACAAUAUAAUCAAAUUCUAUUAAAAAAAAUUUUUACUAAAUUGGGAUGGACUCCUCAACCCAAUGAAAGUCAUCUUGAUAGAAUGUUGAGAGGCUUAGUAAUAGGUCGUUUGGUAUCAAGUGCUGAUCCUGAUAUCGUUUCUGAAGCUAAAAUGAAGUUUGCUAAUCACCUAAGUGGUAAAGAAACCAUUGUGGCUGAUUUAAGAAGUCCUAUAUAUAAGGCAUGUUUGUCAUCUGGUGAUGAGACAACUUUUAAUCAAUUACUACAGCUCUAUAGAGGAACAGACUUACACGAAGAAAAAGAUAGAAUAUGCAGAGCAAUGGGUGCAUCUAGAAAUAAAAAUAUAUUAAAAAAAGUUCUUGAUUUCGCAGUGUCUGAUGAAGUUCGCUCCCAAGAUACUGUUUUUGUCAUAAUUUCAGUUGGAGCUUCCAAAGUUGGAAGAGAUUUAGCAUGGCAAUUCAUUCAAGAUAACUGGUCAAAAUUAUUUAAUCAGUACCAAGGUGGGUUUUUAUUAACUCGCUUGGUGAAGAACACAACAGAAAACUUUUCUUCUAUUGAAAAAGCUGAAGAAGUUGAAAAUUUCUUUAAACAAAAUGGUUGUGUAGGUGCUGAAAGAACAAUCCAACAAGCUUGCGAGACUAUUAGGUUAAAUGCUGCAUGGUUAAAAAGAGAUCAUGAAAAAUUACAACAUUUUCUUCAAGGAGUUGUUCAAAAAUGAAUCCAGUCAAUAAUAGCUUGCUCAAUAAUGCUCAACGCAUGUGCCAGUUAGUUGAAAUAUAAUACUUUUUUAAAGUUUAAAAGAUGAAUGAUGUGUUCCUAUGCAUAUUAAUUAUGUUGAAAUAUAAAUGUAAAAUAUGAUGUUAAUUUUAUGAAUUUUACUAAAAUCUAUACACAGUACUGGUAACUUCAUAGCAAUUAAGAAAAUAUUUUACAUAAAUAUGUGGAACAAAUUUUAUUU